GUUGUCUUUAGCUAGAAUCCAAAAUGGCGUCCGGCGGAGACAAUGUUACUUCUAAUGUUGCACAAAUUUCUCAAGUACAGAACACAGUUACGCAGCAUCAGCAAGAAAAAACUGCAGGUGUUCCACUGAGCGAUUUUGUUCUACAACUCGAGGAUUAUGCACCAACGAUUCCAGAUUCAGUCACAUCAUUUUAUCUCAACAGAGCAGGAUUUGAAACAUCAGACCCAAGAAUCAUUCGGUUGAUCUCUUUGGCAUCUCAGAAGUUUGUUUCGGACAUUGCCAAUGAUGCUCUUCAGCACUGCAAGAUGAGAGCAUCAGGUCAAAGCUCCAAAAAACAAGGAAAAGAUAAAAAAUUUACCCUGACAAUGGAGGAUUUGACACCAGCAAUGGCUGAAUAUGGAAUUAAUGUCAAGAAACCCUACUACUUCCUAUAACACUUUUUCUGUAUUUCAUCACCGUCAAUAAGUUGUCAGUUGUCAAAUUUUGAGUUUGUCACUCUUUGAUAUAUAAGUUUCUGUAAGACAGAGUAAUCAAGACUGGAGGAAUGGUUACUUGAUGACAGAUACAGCUUCUGUGUGACAGAGAAUCUUAAGAUGUUGCAAUGUCAGGUCACUACAUCAUCCAUUUUCUUUCCUUCCCCACACAGGCACUUUUGAGAAGGUGAAGAGAACUUUAUUGAAACAUUGUGCAGAUGCCUCUUGAUAGUUUGGAAAUAUAUAUACACUUUGCUGUGUAUAUGGACAUUUAUCUGAAAUUGGCAGAGUGAGAGCAAGUUCAGAGGAUUAUUAGAUUUUGUUCUAUUGUAGGUCCAAAGACUAAAACUUUAUACAGCAACAUCAGUAUUUUCUAAAUGGCCCAUCAGGAAUUUUGUAUAUUUCCCAUUAAUGUAGCUAAUACAGCUCAUAACUGCUGUUUGAACACUUUUCAAAUGAUUUUGAUUUGGUGAUAUUUGAUGCAGCAGUCUCUACACUGCUCAGUUAUCUAACAAUUUAGAUGACUAAAAUUAUGGCAUAUUGAUUGGUCCUGUUUUAGGAUUUUAAUUUAAGUAGUAUUAAAUAAAUAUUACUUCAGAAAUGAGCAGUCACCUAAUGAAAACAAUUUCCAGGUUAAUUUCUAUUAAAAAAUGUUACAUUUAGCAUGUAAGCAUAAGCAGCAUUGUAAUACUGUGAGCAUAAAAGAUGUUUUAGAUAAACAUAAAGAACAGUACCUACACAAAAAUAAGAGGGAAAGAGAAUGAGCUUCACAUUUUGAUUUCUCAGAAAGAUUUGUGACAUUAAAAACAUUUGUGUGAAAGCAUUUUUUUCUGAGCAUGUACAUGUCGGUAGUCAAAGGAUUGAUAUUACACAUUAUACUAAUGGAAAACAAAUCUCUUAUCAAGAUUUGUGUUGUUUUAGGAACAACCCUGUCAGGAAUAGUAUAUGAGUUGGAAUUGUCUUUGUAUAUGGUUUUGCUUUGAGUGCUUUUGUUGUGGAUGUUGAUGAGAUUAUGAGCAGAUUGUGUACAGUUGAGCAUAAACCUUUGCCUAGAAAA